UUUCAGAUUAAUUAAACAUAGAUUGUGUCUGAAAAUAACUGCGAUGUCAAUUUUUCUAAUAUUUUUCUAGUGCUUUAUUUCGUGCGUGAUGUGAAAUAAUAUUUUAAAUGCAGGCAACAUCACAUCAGGUCUUUAUGUAUUUAAGUAUUUUAUAAUUAAUUUAUGUGUAUUAGGACUCUAAUUCUUUCAAUAACAAUUUCUUUUAGUUUUAAGCGCACCGCCUACAAUCUUUACUGCUUUGCCCUAAGGUUGACUGGUAGAGAAUGCCUCAUGGCAUUAAGUUCGCCUUUUGUACAUUAAGUUUUUCUUUUGUGCAAUAAAGUUUUAAAUAAAUAAAUAAAUAAAACAUCCCUAUAAAUCUUUACAAAUUAAAACUUACCAUGUGUGUACAGUGUGCUAAAUAGUGAUUGACUGUGUACGUGUAAGCACUAACUAUGGAUGAAAGUGAACAAGAACACGUGAAAAAGUACAAAAGUUUACCGAGAUUGAAACGGAAGGAGACAUGGCGAAAGAGCCGGCUGGACACAUGGUUCGGCCGGCCAAAGAAGGGCGGCGGCAUCGAGCGCGGCUACGACACCGUGCCGCGCGCCGAGCCGAGCCGCGCCGAGGAUGACGAGCACAACGCCGCCAACGAGUAUACCAGCAAGAUCGACGCGUUAGACGACACACAGCUACAGCGGAGAUUCGAGGAGAUGCUGUCAGACAUGAAUCUCAGUGAAGAGAAGAAGGCGCCGCUCAGAAAAUAUUCGCGGGACCAGAAGAAAAAGAUGCUCGUCGCCUACAAAUUCGUCAACGCGCAGGAAGGCCGAUCAAAAUUCGAAAAGCCGUCAGACUACGUAGCCUACCUAAACCAACCUGAACUCUCAGUAGGCAAACUGCACAGUUGUCUAGAAAAUCUAAGGAUAGCCUUAACUAACAACCCUUUAUCAUGGAUAGAAGAAUUCGGAACGAAGGGCAUUGAGAGUAUAUUGACUACGCUGAAUCUGUGUUAUACCAAUGACUCCCGCUACGAUCGAGUGCAAUACGAAUGCAUCCGCUGCCUAUCCGCCAUCUUGAACAACACUGUGGGCAUCAGAACGGUGUUCGAAUGUAGAGAAGCAUUGCCAGUUUUAGCAAGGAGUUUAGACGCCAGGAAACCGCAUUGUGCUUUGGAGGCGGCUAAGGUGCUGGCGGCCAUCUGCCUCAUCCCGAACGGGCACGAGAAGGUGCUGGAGGCCAUCACGAUGGCCGGCGAGUCCAACAGGAAGCCGCGGCUGCUCUGCAUCGUCGAGGGCCUGGACAGCAAAGCCCCUGAAAGCUUAAAGAACGGCUGUAUGCAGCUCAUAAACGCCAUAAUAACGGAGCCGGAGGAACUCGAGUUCAGAAUGCAUUUGCGGAGUGAAUUCAUGAGGACGGGACUGCAAGAUUUAAUAGACGAGCUGCGAGCGGGCGCGGAGGGAGCGAGACAGAUACAGAUGACGGUGUUCGACCAGCACGCCGCCGCCGACCAGGACGAGUUCCUCGCCAAGUUCGACGACGUCAGAGUGGAUUUCCACGACGCCAACGAAUGUUUCGAGCUCGUAAAGAACCUAGUAAUGGACACGCCGGCAGAACCAUACCUACUGUCCAUACUGCAACAUUUGCUGUUCAUACGAGACGAUGAAUUGAUAAGGCCAGCAUACUACAAGUUAAUAGAGGAAUGCAUCACGCAGAUAGUCCUCCAUAAGAACGGCUACGACCCCGACUUCAGAGCCACGCAGCGAUUCAAUAUCGACGUGCAGCCGCUUAUAGAAGGUCUAAUAGAAAAAUCAAGAGCAGAAGAAGAAAGAAAAGUAGACGAAUUAAAACAAAAGCUAGAGGCCGCCAUAGCAGCGAGACAGGAGGCCGAAGCGAGAGCAGAGCACUUAGAACAACGUCUAAAAGGCUCGCCCAGCGGCCCGGGAGGCGUCACGCAGGGAAAUAUAGCUGCUAUUGCUAAGGCCAUAGGCAGCCCCGGAGGCCCGGCGCCGCCGCCGCCGCCGCCGAUGCCGGGAGGAGGGCCUCCACCACCACCACCACCGCCUAUGCCUUCAGGGCCGGGUAGCGGAGGGCCGCCGCCGCCUCCGCCUAUGCCUUCAGUGGGCGGAGGUCCGCCUCCUCCACCCCCUCCGCCGAUGCCGGGCGGGCCCCCGCCGCCGCCCAUGCCGGGCGCGGGCGGGCCGCCCCCGCCCCCGCCGCCGCCCAUGAUGGGCGGCCCGCGCCCGCCGCCGCCGCCCAUGGGGGGACCCAUGGCACCUAGAAUGCCCCAACCCGACGUUUUGCCUCACGGUCUGAAACCUAAGAAGAAGUGGGAGGUGGAGGGCCCUCUAAAGCGAGCCAACUGGAAGACGAUCGUACCUGCCAAGAUGUCCGAGAAAGCCUUCUGGGUCAAGGUACAAGAAGAAAAAAUGGCGUCACCCGACAUCCUCAGUGGUUUGGCGCUCAAGUUCUCCAGCAAACCAGUCGCCAAAAAGAAUGAAGAUGCCGUCGAUAAAGUACACACGCUAAAAAAAGUCAAAGACCUGAAAGUCCUAGACAGCAAAGCGGCACAAAACCUGUCUAUUCUCCUUGGCGGCUCUCUAAAACACAUGUCGUACGAGCACAUACGAACGUGCGUGUUACGAUGCGAUACUACAGUGCUGUCGGCCAAUGUGCUGGACUUACUUAUACAGUACUUACCACCCGCGGACCAGUUAAAAAAGCUCUCAGAACUAAAAAACAAAGAAGACCUAACAGAAGCGGAGCAGUUCUCAGCAACAGUGGCUGAUGUGAAACGUCUAGUGCCUCGGUUAAGGAGUUUAGCGUUUAGGGAACAUUAUACGGAGAUGAUAUCUGAAGUGAAGCCGGAUAUCGUCUCGGGUACAGCGGCGUGCGAAGAAGUGAAAUCGAGCGGCAAAUUCGCGAAGAUUCUAGAACUGUUGCUAUUAUUAGGAAACUAUAUGAAUACUGGCUCCAACAACGCGGGGGCGUAUGGCUUCGAAAUCAGCUUCCUGACUAAGUUAACAGCGACAAAAGAUUUGGAGAACAAGCAAACGUUGCUACAUUACUUGGUCGACACGAUCGAGAGGAAGUUCCCGGACGCGCUCAACUUCGCCGAAGAAAUGCCUCACAUAGACAGGGCGGCGCGCGUGUCGAUGGAGAACGUGCAGAAGGCGCUGAAGAAGAUGGACAGCGAUAUAAGAGCGCUGGAGACCGACCUCAACAACUCGCGCGUGCCGCAGGAGCCCGACGACCGCUUCCACGAGACCAUGAGCUCAUUCGCGAAAGAAGCCAGAGAACAAUGCGAUCUACUCCACUCCAUGUUCCGGAAAAUGGACGCGUUAUACACAGAACUAGCAGAAUACUACGUGUUCGAUCCCCACAAGUACACGCUCGAAGAAUUCUUCUCCGAUAUCAAGACUUUCAAGGACUCUUUCACGGCGGCGUACCAAGAAAACAUAGUAGCGAGAGAGACGGAAGAGCGAGCGAGAAGAGCGCGGGAAGCGCGGGCCACGGCGGAAAGAGAGAGAAGAGAUCGACAACACAGAUAUAAGCAGCUGGUCGACAUGGACCGAGCGCAGGACGGAGUUAUGGACAGCCUAAUGGAGGCCCUGCAAAGCGGCUCAGCGUUUAGCAGAGAACGGCCGAGGAAAAAGGCGAACCCGCGGGUCGCUGGAGCUGAACGGCGCGCGCAGCUGAGCCGCUCGCGCUCGCGCUCCGGCCUCACCGGACCACUCACCACGCGGGAACUGACUAACGAGUUGCUUAGCAACGCGUGAUAGCUCAUAACAAGUGAUACUAGUAUGUAGCAUAUACACCAGUCAACAAGGAUUCAUUGAACCCCUCUUAAAUAUUGUACAGUCAGCAUCAAUAGUAGCGGAUGAAACAACGCGGCAAAAGUAUCUGACAUCCCGGAUAACUUUUCCAAAUAUAGAUAAAUUUCUUGUGAAUUUUCACGUUCAAAACUAUAUCCUUUACGGUCUUAGUUGUUCUAUAUUAAAUACAUCACUUUUUGUUAAGCCGUUACAGAAUGGUAGGUACUUAUGAAGCGUUAUUUGAUCCGCUACUUUCGACGCUGACUGUAGCUAAAUAUAUUGAUGUCGAGUUUUUAAUACUUUUUUUAGCACAUUCACGAGAAAUGUAUUGGAUUUUUUGUGUAAGCAAUAUUUUUCCAUUAAAUUGCGCAUAGAUUAAUUAAAUAACACACAAAGACUGGGAAAACAUGGCAAUUGUUUGAAUUAGGAUUAAUAUUCCGAGCAACCCAUUAGUUAAAAGUGAAAUAGCUAUGAAAGUGAAAUAAGAAAACCGUACAGUUAUUGUAGAAACGCCUCAAUACUAAUUUAUAAAAAUACUCUUGUAAUGCAAUUCACAGUCGGGUGGGUUACCACGACGUUCUAACGCCUUGUUGAUUGGACUAGAAGUAAGCCCGUCUCACAUAGAAGUGUCUACUUAUGUAUCUCCAUUAAUAAAAAAAUUAUAUGUACAUUUUAAAUAUUUUGUAUAGAAUUGAAUUCGUGUUUCGUCGGUUUUUUAUUAUGACUUCGAAAUGAUUUGGUUUUCAUAAAAGAUUUAUUCAGAAAAAAAAUGCUUGAAAAUAUUAUACUAAUGGCGGUCUUAAAGCUAAUAUAAUAAGGCAAUCUCUACCAGUGUACCAUUGGGUCAAAUAGAUAUUUAUUGUUUGUGUAGGACUUAACCUCUUGUGUAUCAAAGUCCUUAAACUAGUACAAAUGACCUCCGAUGAAAUUUGAAUCAUUAUUAAGUGGAAUAGAGUUGAUUUUGUUUUGUUUCGUUCGAUAUUAAAACGAAACAAAUUUAAUAACUAAUACCAUUGAUUCAAAUUUUCCUUGUAUGAUGGCUAGCUCUAGACCAGCAUUGCCUAAGCUAUGGGUCGUGAUAGGGUGGUUCAAAAUGUUGCUACUCCACAAUUAUACACGGUGUAACAUGAGGGAAACGAAAGAUUUUAACAGUGUAUUCCUGAUCACAUUUAGAGACUUAAAUGUCACAUAAACUUAUCUGGAUUUCUACUAGUUUCAGAGUUAAUACAAAAAAAAAAUUGUAUUGUAACUUAGUUCAAAACGCCUUUUUGAUGGCGAUUAUGCCAUUAUGGGGCGUAGUCUAAAUAUCCUUACUGAUAGAUGUCAAAAAGUGACAAGUAACCUAUGCAAAAACUAGGUUUUACAAAAAAUAUCGUAAAAAUUCAUUUUCAGUGCCAGUUACCAUAACAUUACCUUUUUAUUUACAAAUACCUUCGAGCAACACCGGCUUCCGACACGUCGUAAGGGAGUAGCCUAAGCGAUAUCUUACCGAACAAAUCUUUCUGCCAUUUUUUUGCGGGGGGAAACGUGCACACAGUCGCACUUCUCACACACUACAUACAAAAUCCAAUCUGUAAUGACGACACAAAUACAUAGAAAAUGACACACGUCAAAGAUAAAUCUUGCACACCUCGAUCUCUUUUUAUGUACGGACGAGUCACAACAUGCACCGCCAUAGGCACAGUUGUGCCAAUGCUUUGGCAGAGGGGAAAUAGUAUGAAUGCCGUCUCCCUUCCCUGUGUUGCUCGAAGACAAAUAUAUUCAAAAAUUGGAAAAAAAAUUUUUUUUUGCGAAACUGACUAAAACUUAAACUUUGGCCUCAGAAGUGCCUGGUUAAAAUCUUUUAGGUUCCUCGUGUUACACCGUGUAUAAACCAAUUUUGAGAACAAUCACUCAUUAUUUACAGGUCGCUCAAAAUGGGGCAAUUCUGCCAUACUAAAAUGUAUGAAAUGAACUUGACCACAGAAAAAUUCAAACCUAGAGGCGUUUUAAUGGUUUUAUUACGCUUAUCCCUAUUUAUAGUCUGUAUCUUUAGGUAUUUAAAAAAAGGUAAAGAAACAAUUUGUACAUUUUCGGGUAGUUUUAAUAUUUAUUGGUUAACCAACCAAAUACAAAACCGCCUGGAUCUGUCACUGAACGACCUGACUUUAAACCUACUUUAUUUGAUCAUGUCAUGUUUUCAUGUACCCUCAACUGCCUUAAGGAGCCAUUUGAGGGUAGAUUUUGUUUACCUUUUUUAAAUACCUAAAGAUACAGACUAUAGUUACAGCUAAAUAAAACAUAAACCGGCUAUUUUGUUAUUUUUGAAUUAAUGUGAUUUUUAUUUAUUGUAUGAGAUAUCAAAAUUCUAAAGCAAUGUUGAGCGACCAGUAAAUUAUGAGCAACUGAGUCAAAAUUUGACACAUACAUGACUACUUCAUAAUAGUACAAAGGGAGAAAAGAUUGCAAUUUUUUUUCCAUACAAACGUGGACCACCCUAGUCGCGACCCGUUGGUGGGUCGCGAGCGAAAUUUGAGUGGGACCUGGGAUAUAAGACGAUAUGCUUGAGGUGAGUCCUGAAUUUGGCAGUAUUGGUUUGCUCAACUUUGAGAACCACUGGGCUAGAGGUUAAAAAUCUAAUAAUUUCGAAGUCUAAACUAAUUUAGUUUUAUUAACUCCUUAACAAGUGACUCGAUCAUCUUUUACAUUAUUAUUACAAUUUAAAAAGUGACCGGAAUAAAUAUUGAUAGCAAUGGUAGUGCCUAUAUUAGGAGGCCUUUAUGUAGGCCUAAGGCCAUAGGAUAGAAAGAGAGUUUUAAGGGCUGUAAGAGAGAAAAGGAGAGAGAAUAGCUUGAGCUUUUAUGGCACCAAUGGAAUCUUAAAUAAUGUAUAAAAUAAUAACUUGAGUUUUCGUUCGGAUCUGUAAUCUUGACCUUUUUACUAUUGAAUUGGCGGUUAGUUAGUUAUUCAAUUGGCGGUCGAUAACGAUUCUCAUCUUGGAUAAUGAAAUUGGACAUUUUAUAAAAAUACUUCUGUAUUUAGAAAUGGCUAUAUUGAUAGUUAUUAUUACUAUAGAGAAGCCAUACUAAACAAUGAAAUUGUCGCAAAACGUCGUAAGCGCCGUAUAAUUAAUUUAUGUUAAGGGCACCAAUGAUGGAACAUUUAAAAGAAAAUUCAUGGCGCUUAUGUUAAGGGCCCCAAUCAUAGGACAUUCAAGAGAAAAUUCAUGGCGCUAAUGUUAACGGCACCAAUCAUGGGACAUUUAAGAGAAAAUUCAUGGCGGUUAUGUUAAGGGCACCAAUCAUAGGACAUUCAAGAGAAAAUUCAUGGCGCUAAUGUUAACGGCACCAAUCAUGGGACAUUUAAGAGAAAAUUCAUGGCGGUUAUGUUAAGGGCACCAAUCAUGGGACAUUCAAGAGAAAAUUCAUGGCGCUUAUGUUAAGGGCACCAAUCAUGGGACAUUUAAGAGAAAAUUCAUGGCGCUAAUGUUAACGGCACCAAUCAUGGGGCAUUUAAGAGAAAAUUCAUGGCGCUUAUGUUAAGGGCCCUAAUCAUGGGACAUUUAAGAGAAAAUUCAUGGCGCUAAUGUUAACGGCACCAAUCAUGGGACAUUUAAGAGAAAAUUUGGAGUAAUUUUGAUAUUUUACCGACACCUGUGAAAUUUCUACCGCUGUAUUCGUUAAAAUUUGAAUGUGUUAUUCGUCUUUUAGGUUUUCUAUGUAUUUAAUGAAAGCUGCUGCAAUUGGUUUCAAUAUUAUUAACAUAUUAAAAUUAUGGUUUUUUGCUCCAGUCAUGGGAUGUAUGGCGCCAUUAAUUUUCAAACUAACAAAUGUCAAUGAAAAAUAAAACUGAAGCAGCUCUAUUGCUCUUGUUUAUGGUAAAAUGUUGCCAGCGUUUAAAAACUGAUGGUAAAUACUUGUAUUAUAGGAUUUGUCUAUACGAUCCCAUUACUGGUGUCAGUCCCAACAUAGGGGUGUUGACUAUAAGCGUCAUGGUCGCGAGAUUCACGCUCCGCUUCUAUGGUUUGUUGUCAAAACAACAAGUCGUGGCGCAAAAUACUGGUUCUCUGUGCCGGGUCUAUACGUAGUAAUAAUAUUUCAAUGUAUUGACUAUGGUUAUUGGAAUAAAAAAAGUUGUCAUAAUUUGCGUACUGCCUGUAUAAAAAGAUUAUAAAGAGGCCUAAAGAUGCCUACAGGUGUGAGGUAGAAAAAGAGAGAACUAUUGAUGUAAGGGUAAGAGGGACAGAGAAAGAAAAAAUGAUCAUGCUUCUUAUGAAUUUGACACUAGUUUCAAUAAUUUAGAUAGUAGUGUUGAAUACUUUGUUAAAUAUGAAAUAAAACAAAACCAUUUGUUUGGAGAAUUUAAUAACUGGAGACGCCUUGUCUGUAAUUUUCUGUACAAAACAGUCUGCCGAUUUUUACGGGGGAGGGGCACGUCAAAUGUAUGGCUAUUUGUAGAUAACGUAAACGUCAGUUCAUAGAAUACAUAUAACCAUUGGCCGAGGUUUUCGACAGAGGGGUCAGCUCUUAGGCGACUCCGGUUAUUAAAUCCUCCAAGUAGCUUUGUGAUAUAAUUUUUAUAAAACUUGAUUCACACUUUAUAAUCUCUUGCGUUACUUUUUGUAUUAAAUAAAAUUAGGGCCUACAAUUAUCAACACCAGCUGUUAUGGGCCUUUAACACAUUAACAUCGCGAGCUGCCCCGAAAUCACGCGCGGUAAAAUACACACGGAGGCGCUUUGGCACUGAUCGUGAUGUUAGCGUGUGAAACGCCUAAUAUAUCCUAAAAAAUAUUAAUACCUAAUUAUUUGACACAUAAAUCUAACAUACAGUAUGUUCGUCUUGUGUUACAAAACAAAAAAGUGUGCGUCAAAAAGUAGAUUUAAAACGACAAAUGUGUUUAUUAUAAGAAUCUUCCAAUACUUUACGUUCUAAUACGCUUGUAAUAAUUAUAAACGACAAUAUUGAUGUCCGAUAUUUAGACUGUUUGUCAUAUUUUGACUAGAUUUGUCCAAUUAUAUUAUGUGAUUUUAUUUAUUGAUGGUAUAUCGAUUAACAAUAUGUUCGUACUAACCACUCCAAUCGAUCGAUAAUCGAUCGAUGGUAGAAUGGAACAGUAGACGUCGAUCGAUCGCUUGGUCUACGAAGAAACUAUCGAUUAGCGUCAUAGAUAGGCAGGAUCGUAUAGAUGUGGUAUACCGCGUGCGGGACAGAACAUACGCAAUGCGACAAAAUUAAAAAUACGUUUUAACAUUCCUGACAACAUACCAAAAACAACCUACGUGAUUUGGUCGGGUUAUUUUUGUACCACCAAAAUUUACGGCGGGGAAUAAAAAAAAUUAAACUGUGACAAGGACCAACAAUAAUAACGCUUUCUGUGCUAUUCCUACUUUUCAGUAGACUAUCCCGUUCUGUGAGUUCCCCCCACCACUCACGCCCAAUCCAUACUAAAUACUACAUUCAUGGUCGACGUCGACUAUUCCAUUCUACCAUCGAUCGAUUGGUUUGGUAACACCCUUUUAAGAUCGAUUCUCACUAACGCGUAGACAAACGCGACAAAUGCGACCAUAUUUCGCAAGCAGACGAGCAUGGGCAAACCAUAAAAGUGUAUACAAUAGUAAUACUUAUUUAUAUUGAUGACAAACUCGCUAAGUUUUCGCGUAUAUUGUUUGUUAUACACUUCAAGCAACAUCCGGAAGGGAGUCUACAAGUGUUUAUACUAAACGUACAGAGUAAGAAAUACAUAUUUCUGAUCACGACUUAUGAAUCAACCUGUAUACCUACUUAUUUCAAUGGAAUAAAACCCACAAUUGUGUACUCAUUUAUGACCUCGUCUAUUGUCAAUUCUGUAAUAUACCGCCAUAACGCACAACAUAAAUUAAUAAAUUAAUCUAGAAAGACCUCAGCAGCUCUAGCACAACUGACCGCGUCACCACCUCUUUCUAACUAGUUCCGUGCGAAAGGGACAGGCCUUGCGACAUAACGGGCACUUGACCAGUUCCGUGCGAAAGAGACAGGUGGCUGGCUUGCGACUUGGCGGGCAGUUGUGCUAGCCCUGCAGAUAAGGGACGAUGAGUUGUUUUUUUUUAUAAAAAUAAUUGGUAUGUAUGUAUAUUUUAGCGUCAUUAUUUAAGAAAUGUCUAAACCUGGAGCCUGUUUCUAAAUAGCGUGUAACUUGUCACUUUUUCACUUUCACUUUUUGACAGGUUUUGUUAGAAAGGGACUUCUACUUGUAUUACAAGCUACAAGCGUUUGAGAAACGGGCCCCUGUGGGCCAAUUUUUGAACUUCGAGCGCUCGAUUUCGUCAUUCGAAUAUCUGUGGAAAACUGUGAAAUGUUAUUUAAACACGAGCGUAAAAAUUCAAAGUGGUUGAGCACCCCCUUGAAGUGGAGAUAAAGUUACAAAACUUGGUUUAUUUUAUCAGCAUAAUAAGUGUAACAAAAUAAGUGGGUGCCCCGUUGGAAAAUAAAAAAAUGGUUUAUUGAACCACCCUAGGAGCCACACGAAAUCGAAAAUAGCAAUCUUAAAAAUUCACAUCGAUCACAAUUGAAAUCCAUCGCUUGAAAUUCAAACAUCGGCCCCUGCUAUCGUAAAUUUAUUCACUCACCUAUGGUUUUAGUGUAAAAUAUAAAUAUGUUAAUAUUUCACCUGCAUUGCCUAUACAUAUGAAUAUGUGCUAGAACUCUUUGAGAUUAUUUGGAGUCAGUUCAUUUUUAUUGUAUCUUAAUUUUGUGUAUUUCCUUUGUAUAUAAUGAAUAUUUUAAGCGACGUAAAAUGUGUUUAAAUAUUUUUUUUAUAAGAUAAUGUGAAGCUAACUUAUAGAACUAUGUGGUAUGUCACCAAUCCUUUUUUAAACAGUUUCAGGCUAUAUAUGAUACCUAAUAUAAAUAUAAUAUUACAAGAAAAAAUACUGUGUGCUUGGUACUCUUUUCGAAGAUAAAAUGCAUAUAAUUUGAAAUUCUUGAAAGUCAGUUUUAUACAGCCUAUGUAAUAAAAUAAACGAAGCACUUCAUUAAUUAUUCGUAUUCACUUCAUUCAAAUAAAAAUAUGCUUUUAAAUGUUCUAAUUCAAUUCCUAAAUAAUUUGUUUUUAUUUCGUCAGAAAGAGAACGUUUAAUCUCAUUUUAAUAUAAUUUUAAUGUUUUUUAUUCUCGAUUGUUAUGUUCGCUCCACACUCACGUCGAAAAACGAAUGAUUUAUGUUAAUAUCAUAGCAAAAUUUAUGUAAGCAGUGCAAAAUUAACCUUCAUCUUCUUCUUAACGCUUUCCUGGUUGCAGCCCGGACUGUAUAUCCCCUAGAAUAAGAGUUAUGUCCUCGAGAAAUCGCGCGUUUUUUGCGACCAGUGUGGAGCGAACUUUAUGAUGUAGCGUCGGAAAAUGUAUGGUAUGCAUAAUUAUAUUGAACCGUAAUGUAAAUAUAUUUUUGUAAAAUGUUACAAUUUUUAAUUAAUUAUAUGUUUUUUGAACUUAA